GAGCCGGAGCCGGAGCCGGAGCGGGCGAGGGCGGCGCGGCCCGACGCUCCCGGGGACUCCCCGAGCCCACCCCGCGGGCCAGCGGCGGGACUCGGGAGCGGCGCUGUGGGGCCGGCUGGGUGACGGAGGCGGGAGACGCGCUGGGGCGCGAGAUGGAGUCAGGAGACCAGGAGGUGAGCAGCAUGAAACUGCAGACAUUGCAGUUACUGCCGGAGGAGCAGAUAGUGACACUUCGUCAACAGAUGGUGGAAAGCCAGGCAUCCUAUCAACGCAAGCUGCAGAGCUCCCAAGAGGCACAGCAUAGGCAGGCAGUGCUUGUGCAGAAGCUACAAGCAAAGGUGCUGCAGUACCGGAGUUGGUGUCGGGAGCUGCAACAGAGGCUGGAAACGGAAAGGGGGGGACCCCUUUCACACAGGUGGGAAGCCAAGGAGGAGCACAGCCUGGAGAGGGCACUGGUCCAGUUGGAGGAGGAGCAGCAGAGAUGUGAGAAUCUAGCUGAAGUGAACACCCUGCUCCGGGAGAACCUGGGCAAGGCAAAUGAGGUGAAUACAGCCCUUAGAGAGGAUGUGCGAAAACUGACAGUUGAUUGGACAAGAGCCCGAGACGAACUGGAGCUCAAGGAGACCGAAUGGCGCACUGAACGUGAGGGACUUGUCAGCACUGAAGGCAGACCAGAUAAGACUUUCUGGAUCAAUACUUGUCAGCUGCUUCCAUCUAAGUUCUGGUACACGGCACUGGGAGUCGAACACUUUGGAAAGAUCUACCACAAGGGAUCAGACACAGCAGCUUUGUGCCAGGGCUCAGGAGCUGGAGAAGGAAGUAUACCAGAAAACCCAAGAAGUGAUGUGCUUGCAGGUCAAAGGGAAUAUAGAGAAAGAGGAGCUUCAGGGCAGGAGGCCAGUCGGGCGGCGGUAGAAUAUAAAGCUUCACUGACCAAGAAUGCCAAAGAAGAGACCCUUUCCCUUCAUCAGGUGAUAAAAGACAUAACUCAGGCCGUGCUAGAUGAUACUGACAACGCAGUCAACAUCUCAUGGGCUGAGAGCUCCCAGCAUCCUGAAUCCAGCGCCCUCUCCUCCUUGCUGAGUUCCAGUGACAUGGAAGGGGCCCUCGUUCUGGUCCAUGAAGCAUGUCAAGGAGGUGAGGUGCGGGCAGUACAGGCCCUAAGGGAGCAGCUUUCAGCCAGCCAGAACGCUGUCCAUUCUCUGCAACAUCAGCAAAGGCAGCAGGAAGAGGAAUGCAAGAUGCUGAGGCAGAGGCUCCAGCAGCUGGAAGAGAACUGCAAGACACUCACCAGCCAGACGCAGCACCUCCAGUCACUGGUGGAAACACUCAGCAGUGACCGUGUGAACCUGGAGAAGGCCAGGGAAGAGCUGCAGCAACAGCUGGAGGUGUCUGAGCAGGAGGCCUGGCGCUUGCGCCGAAGCAACACUGAGCUACAACUGAAGGAAGAUUUGUCUCAAGGGGAGAAGGAGGAGCAGCAGCUGGAGAUGGAGAGGAUCCUUCGGGAGAGGGAGCGCCUUCAGAAGGCUUUAGCUGCACUCGAAGCAAAGCAUUCAUUGUUAAAGAGCGAGUUGGUUGCCAGGAGGGAGGCGCUGGAGAAAUCCCACCUUGAUGGGGAGUUGAUGAAGCAAGAGAAACAUGAACUUGCCAUGGCACUGGAGAGGGCAGAACAGUCAAUUGCUGAAUUGACAAGUGCUCAGAAUAAACUGAAGACAGAAACCGCUGAUCUGCAUGAUGUGGCUGAGAAGAUGAGUGGCAUUAAUGAGGCAUUAGCUUUGGAUAAAAUGCAGUUGAAUCAGCUUGUCCUGCAGUUGGAGCAGGAGAAUCAGGCUUUGUCAAGCAAAGUGAAGGACAUGCAAAGAGCAACAACCUCUGUGCAGGAGGACCUGAGCCUGUCAGAAAGAGCAAAUGAGGAGCUCUGUGCAGAGAAAACCCAUCUGGAGCAGUUGCUGCAGAAAGCUAAGGAGGUGCAGGAGGGACUGCAGGCAGAGUUGAGUGUGCUGAGAGAUGAGAGAAAAGAGACCCAUGAGGUGAUGAGUCAGAUGUGUCGUCAGGAGGAGUUAUCUAGCACUGACUUGGAGAAAACACGGCUGGAAUCAAGUCGCCGUGGAGAUGCACUGGCUAAAGUAUCCAAAGAAAAGGAAGCCCUGGUGCGUGAGAAGGCAGCACUGGAGGUGCGACUAGGGGCUGUGGAACGGGACAGGCGGGGCCUUUCAGAGCAGCUGGCAGAGCUCAGAUCAGCAAAGGAAAUCUUAGAAUCCAGCCUGUUCGAGGCUCAGCAGCAGGUGUCUCAGCUGGAGGUCACUAGGGGUCAGCUGGAAAUCAAUGUUCAAACAGUCACCCAGGCCAAAGAGGUGAUACAAGGAGAAGUGAAGUGCCUUCGUUGUGAGCUGGAGACAGAGAGGUCCACAAUGGAGCAGGAGCGGGAAGAUAUGGCACAGCAGCUCUCACGGACAGAGCAGCAAUAUCAAGAUACCCUUAGCCUUCGGCAAGCUGCGUACGAGGAGGAAAUGAACAAGCUCCUGCAAGAGCUGAAGAGUGAGCAGGACUGGCACUGCGCAGAGCUGAAAGAGGUGUCGGAGCUCUCAGCCCAAGAGAAAGCAGAGGCAGAAGGUGCUUAUGAGAAGAAGCUGUUGGAGCUGAGGCAGGAGGCUGCUACUAUGCAAUCUCAGAAAGAAGAGGAGCGAGCUAGGGCUGAAAAUGCCAGGCAAGAGGUGCUGCUAGAGAAAGAGAGGGAGAAGAAGUCUUUGCUGGAGGCACUGCUCCAAACACAGGAAGAAUUGACAGAUGCCUGUCAUCAGCUGGAGCAGCUUCGCCAAGAGGUGAAGAAGCACCAGAAGGAGCAGGACACCGUGGUGGGGCUGCAAGCUGAGCUCCAGGAAGCUCAGAAUCAGACGGAGGCGGUGGAGAGCAGGCACCAGGAAGAGGUCAAAACCCUCAAAGAGGAAAUAGACGUUCUCCUUACCCAGCGAGACACCCUGCGAAACCAGGUGCAAGAGCUAGUGGUCACCAAGGAUUCCUGGCAAAAGAUUGGCCUGGAGGCUCAGCAGCAAUUGAAUGAGGUGCAAAAAUUAUCCAAUCAGAAGAUACUGGAGGCUGCUCAUAUCCAGAAGAUGCUAGAGGGGGAGAGGAGCCGACGGGAGGAGGCGGAGCUUCAGAACACAGAGCUCCGGGCCACGCUCGGAGCCCUGGAGGGAGAAAGGAGCCGACGGGAGGAGGUGGAGCAUCAGAACACAGAGCUCCAGGCCAUGCUCAGAGCCCUGGAGGGGGAGAGGAGCCGACGGGAGGAGAUGGAGCAUCAGAACACAGAGCUCCAGGCCAUGCUCAGAGCCCUGGAGGGAGAAACGAGCCGAUGGGAGGAGGUGAAGCGUCAGAACACAGAGCUCCAGGCCAUGCUCAGAGACCUGGAGGGGGAGAGGAGCCGACGGGAGGAGGCAGAGCGUCAGAACACAGAGCUCCAGGCCAUGCUCAGAGCCCUGAAGGGGGAAAAGAGCCGAUGGGAGGAGGUGAAGCGUCAGAACACAGAGCUCUGGGCCACACUCAGAGACCUGGAGGGGGAGAGGAGCCGACGGGAGGAGAUGGAGCAUCAGAACACAGAGCUCCAGGCCAUGCUCAGAGCCCUGGAGGGAGAAAGGAGCCGAUGGGAGGAGGUGGAGCGUCAGAACACAGAGCUCCAGGCCAUGCUCAGAGACCUGGAGGGGGAGAGGAGCCGACGGGAGGAGGCAGAGCGUCAGAACACAGAACUCCAGGCCAUGCUCGGAGCCCUGAAGGGGGAAAAGAGCCGAUGGGAGGAGGUGAAGCGUCAGAACACAGAACUCUGGGCCACACUCAGAGACCUGGAGGGGGAGAGGAGCCGACGGGAGGAGGCAGAGUGUCAGAACACAGAGCUCCGGGCCACGCUCGAAGCCCUGGAGGGGGAGAGGAGCCGACGAGAGGAGGUGGAGCGUCAGAACACAGAGCUCCAGGCCACGCUCAGAGCCCUGGAGGGGGAGAGGAGCCGACGGGAGGAGGUGGAGCGUCAGAUCACAGAGCUCCAGGCCAUGCUCGGAGCCCUGGAGGGUGAAAAAAACAGCCUGGCUCUGGCCGUGGAGGGGAAGAAGCUGAGACUCAGGACCUUCCAGGAGAGAGAUGAUGCCCAGCGAAGUGAGAUCAUCAGCUUGCAUGCAGCCAUUUGCCAAGCUCAGCAGCUCCAUUCUGACCACAGAGGAGAGAUACAGGCGCUCAACACCCAGGUUCACUCACUCAGGCAGGCAGUGCUAGAGAAAGAGGCUGGUUUAGUGGCCCAUGAGAAGCAGCUGUCACGGGAUCUGGAGGAGUCGCGGGCGGGUGAGCGGCAUUUGAGGGAUUUGCUGCGGAAGCAAGAGGCAGAGGUGUCUCAGCUGCGCCUUAGCCUUUGUAGCACAGAGAGCCGGGCAGAGGCACUGGCUGUGGAGUGCCACCUCACCAGCAGUGCCCGCUGUGAAGCAGAGUCCCAACUGGCCAGGCUGCACACCAUUCUGCAGCAUACACUGUGUGGCAGCACUCUGGCAAGUGGAGACCUUGUCACGUGGAGUCCAGAACAGGAUCAUGUUUGUGGGUUUACUGGGCCUCAACCUAAGGACCUCCCCAUAGAGCUCACAGCAGAGAAAGUGGCAACAGCCUUCCGGGACCUGCACCAGGACCUGAGGCAGACUCUGCAAGAUCGGGAUGAUGCCAGGAACAAGGCUCAGAAGCUGGAGCAAGAGCUGAGCAAGAAGGAGGCUGAGAGGGACUGUCUCAGUGCUCACACCCAAGAGCUGCAGAAGUGGUUGGCCCAAAGCCAGGAAGAGAUGCGGAUGGUAGAAGGGAAGCAGGGCUCACUCCAGGCCACACUGCAAGAAGAGGUCAUUGCCCUAAAGAAGGAGGUUGUGACGUUGCAUGGGGAGGUUGCAUCCUUGGAGAGGAGCCUUGAGGGCACCGAGAAGCAAAGAAGGGAUGUUGUGCAUGAACGGGACAUGCUGCAAGCAGCUAAGGAGAAACUGGUAUGGGAGAUGGACCUUCUCCGGGAAUCAGUCUCUGCCGCUGAGACUCGGGCAAACAUAGCAGCAAAGAUGAGCCGUUCCCUAGAACAAGAGCUUCAAACAACCCUCUCUGCCCUGAAAAUGAAAAGUGAGGAAGCAGAGACUCAGCAGGAGGGAAUCCAGACAUUUCAGAAGGAGGCUGCCUUGGGGAAGGCUUUGCAGGAAAAUCUGGGUCACCUGACUCUUGCCUUAAGCCAGAGAGAUGGAGAAAUGAAAACACUGCAAGAACAGAUUAGGGAACUGGAGCAGCAGAGAGAAAUGCAAAGAACAGCUCUAGAUCACCUUACUAAAGACCUAGAGGAGAAGGACAGAGAGGUGGAAUCCCAACAAGAACAGAUUCAGGAACUAGAGAAUCAGAGGGAAAUGCAGAAGACUGCUCUAGAACGACUGACUUUAAACCUAGAGGAGAAAGUAAAGGAAAUUAAAUUCCAGGAAGAGAAAAUCCAGACUCUGGAAGAACAUGGAAGAUCACAAAUGAAAGCACUGCUGGAGGAUCUAGAUCUGAUCAAAGCAGACUUGAGAGGAAAAGAUUGUGAGCUUAUGUCUCAGAGAAAGGUAGCUGAAGAAUUGAAAGAGGAGGAGAAAAAGCAGGUGAAGGUUCUGCGCACAAGCCUAGAACACAUGAAAGCAAUUCUUUGGGACAAAGAGAGUGAGAUCGAAUCACAGCGGGAGCAGAUAAAGAUUUUCCAGCAGUAUGAGGAUCAGCAGGAGGGAGAGCUUCAGGACCUGCGGGAGAAAGUAAAACAGAUGACCCUCACUCUGACUCAGAGAGAUCAAGAGCUUGAGUCACAGCAAAAGCAAAUUCAGAACAUUAAGGAAGAGAUGGAAAUGAAACUAAAGCCUCUUUGUGAACAUCUGGAGCAAACACAAGCAGCCUUAAAAGAAAAAGACAGAGAGCUCGAAUUCCAAAUGCAGCAAAUACAGAAACAUGAGGAAGAAGCAGAAGGGCAGAUGAAGGUUUUACAGAGAGAUUUAGAAUACACCAAAGCAGCACUAAAGGAGAGAGAUGGAGUGAUUACGUCUCAGAAAGAGCAGAUCUGGACACUCCAAAAACAAGAAAGAGAAGCUGAGCAACAGGUGAAAACUCUUGACAAUCUUAAAGCAAUAUUAAGGGAGCGAGAGCAAGAAAUUGAAUCCCUGCAAAAGCAAUAUGAGGUGCACAAGACAGAGGAGGAGAAGCAGGCAAGAGCCAUGCAAGCAAAUCUUCAACAAACACAGGUGACUCUGAGGGAGAGAGAGAGGGAAAUAGAGGCCCUUCAGGAAGGAAUCCAUGAGCUUCAGCAGCACGAGGAAGAUGCAGUGACACAGACUAAGGCUGUCUUGAAGACACUUGAAUAUACCAAAUCGUCUCUACAAGCCAGAGACCAGGAGAUAGAGUCUUUGCAAGGGCAUGUCAAAGAGCUCUUAGGGCAGAAAGAGCUGGAAGAAACAUGUGUCAGGAGCUUACAGCAAGAUCUAGACAGAAUGAGCCAAAUAGUGAAGGAGAAGGAUGUAGAACUCCUCAAGCAGGCGGAGCAAAUUAGCAUAUGCCACCUUCAAGAAGAAAGCAUGCAGGUGGCACUAAAGUCCUGCCAGAACAAAGCAAGUUGUCUAGAGGAAGUUGUAAGAGAGCGAGAGUGGGAGAAUGAGACUCUCAUUCAACAGCUCCAGCACCAAGAGGAAGAGCAAGAGACCCUGCACCAUCUCCAGCUUAUGCAGUCUGAGAAAGAGGAGAGACAUCACAGAGAGAGAGAGCAGCUUCUAGAAGAAGCCCUGAACAAGAGGGAACAGGAAAUCAAGGCCCAAGGUAAGCAAAAACAAUUGGAAGAGGAGGAGGCGAAAGGUCUUCAAGAAAAUCUCCAGCAUCUCCAGCAGACACUGGUCAAAAAGGAUGAGGAAAUCAAACACCAGAGAGAGAGAGUCAGGUGCCUGGAGGAGAUUCUGAGAGGGAGAGAGCAGGAGCUGAGGACACAGGGUGAACUCCUGAAGCAGCUCACCUCAGCUCUGCAAAGGAGAGCUGGUGAAGGGGAGACCCUAAAGAGCCAAAUCCAGAAACUCCUGAUAUGGGAGACAGAGGAGGCAGCCCAGAGGAAGGUUCUCCAGGAGAGAGACCAGCAGCUGGAAAGGCAGACAGUGUGGAUCCAAGAGCUGGAAGAGGAGAAGAAAGUGAAGGAUCAAGAACUGGAGCAUAUGGUGGCUGUUCUGAAGCAGACUGAGAGUGUGGAGAUAGAAUGGAGGGAGAAAGCACAGGCUUUGGCUUUGUCCCUGGCCCAGAGCGAAGCAGCCAGUAGGACCCUGAGGGAGGAAAUGGCUGUCCUACAGAGCAUGGUAUCAGAGCGGGAUAAGGAUCGGCUUCAUCUUCAGGAGCAGCUUGCUUCAGCUCUCAGAGACCUAGAGGAGAGGGUUCCAAACAAGGCUCUGAAUGGAGAUGUGGAUCUGCUGCUUAGAGAGGAGAGAGCAGGGAAACGGCAGGCCAUGGGAGAGGAUGAGGAGCAGCUGGCAGCAGGGGUAGAGAGGAGACUCCUGCAGCAGCGGCUGGAACGUCUGCAGCGAGCUGUCGCAAGGCUGGAACACGACAAAACUGAGCUGGAGCAGCUAAACACCCAACUCAGGAGGACUCUAGAGCAGGUGGAGCGUGAGCGGAAGAGGCUGAAGAGGGACCGUGCUGGUUUCUCACUACCAGAUGCCUGUGGACUUCCCGUGUCUGACUCUGGGCAGAAUAAGGCACCGACUUCAGGACAGGAGGAGGCCCGGACUCUCCGUAGGCAAUGCGACGAGUUGCAGAAGCAGGUGUCUCUUCUGCAAACCCAGCUGAUGCUGGAGCGGAAGCACAAGCAGGACUACAUCAAGUGCUGUGCAAAGACCAGACAGGAGCUGUCGGGCCUACACCAGGAGCUCUCUCACUCCUUAGCAGCUGUGGCCAGGGAGCCCAAGGCUGCUGUUCUAGAAGCAGAAACGCGGAAGCUGGAUGAAUCCCUGAACCACAGCUUGGCCUUGGUGGCUCUAGGGUGGGAUGGCCAAUCUCCUGAGAAACACCCUCUGAGUUCCACUCCCAGAGCAGCCCAGCGGAAUGAGUUGAGGUAGCAGGAUCAGCGUUCAGCAACUGGGUCACAGCCAGAGCAAGGUCCAACCCUACGUGUGGUUUGGCAAUGCCAUUUUCAAAGGUACCAUGGACAAUAGACUCUUGCCCACCUUGCAGAAGAGUCAUACUUGGUAGUGGAAAAGGUGGUGAUUAUCCCUUCAAGAGCCAUCCCUUCCAUUUUCAUGGGCCAGACCUCCUCAGGGUCCAGCCUGCCCGCUAAUGUAGCCGUGACCUCUCACAGCCCCAUCUGAAUACCAAUCCUCAGGAACAUUGAACCACAUGGUUGGUUGUUGCACAUGGGAGGAUGGAGCCAAUAAGAACAUGGGUAUUCCCCCUUCUUCACAGCCUGUGUAUCCUGGGGACUGUCCCUAGAGUGUGCAGAAACCUGCUGCAGGGAGUGAAUUCAGGGGUGUGGGGUUGUGUCAAAGCUGAGACCUGGGGCAGGGUGGGCAAUAGUGCUCAUUAUGAAAAUGCUAUAGGUAGCAGUGUUCACCAUGGAAACUUUCCAGCAGGACUAUGGUAGGGGAUCAGAGGCUGGAGCUGGCCUGGGCAGAGCUCAGAGAUUUGAGGCGAGCUGGAUAAAGGCUCUCGGGUUGACUGGCAGCAGCGGAUUGGUGGAAUUCUCCUUUUCUGAAGCAUGAUUGCUGCCUGCCCCAGGAAUGUUGCUGUUACAAGGUGCCCCCAGAGAUUGCCCUCCUGCUGCUGGGAGAGCUGCUUCCAAACGACUUUGUACUGUUUCCCUUUUAGUAAGAGCUCCAGCAGGAUCUGUAUUUCAGCUUUUACAAUAAAGUUAUUCCCUCUGAAA